CUGAGGAAGACUGGAAAGAGGAAAUUGGUGAUCGUAAUAUGAACUAUCUAGUUUUUCAAGAUGGCGGACGAGAAGAUGCAUCUURACCAUGUAAAAUCAGAUUUACAUCGCAUGAAAGAGUUCCUGGCUUCAAAAUUACUGAUCAUCAAUGCUCAUAAUGUUGAUUUCUUUACUAAGAACUUGUGGGAGACAUGCUUGCCYAAAGAGAUUCGCGAUGAUCUUGAAAAACUAUCUGAAGACGAAAUCGCAUCUCUGCCAUCGAAGUGCAUUCAGUGGAUAGAAAGGCCCGACGAUCUUGCAGUUGGAAGUUUAACUCGUUGUUCUAGCCUACUAAAGCUUUUUACUGAUAUACGCAACCACCACUUAAAGACUUUAUCUUACGUAAAAAAGAGUGAAUAUUUUGAAGGAUUAGCUGAAGACAGUGUUUUGACGUCGUUUAUGAUGUCUCCUAAGAAAUCGUACGAAGUCGGAGUAAUGUCAAAAGCUGUUCAUGAUAUAKUACAAAAUACCAAAGCGACAAAGGUUAUUGAUCUUGGCAGUGGAAAAGGCUAUCUUAGCCAGUACUUAUCCUUGCGACACCAUAUUAAUGUUGUUGGUGUGGAUUCUAGUGAUUCAAAUACAAAGAAUGCUGAAAAGAGAAACACAAAAACAUUAAAAGUCUGGCAUUUCCUCCUUAAAAAAGUCAAUACAAAAAUUGGUGGUGAUACUGAGAGAGGUUUAGCUGAAUUGACCAAACAUAAUGAUGGUGAAACUAUAUGUGAUCAUGUCCUUGAAAGGGAAAAUAGCCCUAUCAACACAAUAACACAGAGAGAUUCUACGGCAAUAACUGAUUUACAAACAAGAGAUAAAAAUAACACUGAUCUAGCACACAGUAUGAGUGUUAGCACAACAAAUGAUUCAUCCACAAUAUGUGGUAUGUCAAAUGAUAAUUCAAAUGAAACWGUAUUAGAUACAUGUAUUAAUAGCAAGGCAUCAAGCAGUGAAAAUGCUGGUAACAUUGAUGCUUAUAUUACAAAAUCAAGUAAAUUAACUUCUUACCAAGCUAUUACUGGGUUUGUCAGUAGUGAAAUAAAGAUAGUACAACAGCUUGGUAGUCUUACAGACAAAGAAAGCAAGGAAAGACUUGUUCUUGUUGGCUUACAUACUUGUGGAGACCUUGCACCUACAGCAAUAAAGAUAUUUUUGAAUGACUGUCAUGUGAAAGGUCUUUGUCUUGUUGGAUGUUGCUAUCACUUACUCUCUCAACCAACUUGUACAGAAUCCUCACCACAAGAGGAGUAUGAAGUUAAUGAAUAUGGCUUUCCAGUCAGUGAAUACUUGAAAAAGGAGAAUUUCAGACUAAGCAGGAAUGCAACAAUGGUUGCACAGCAGGCUGCUGAUAGACUUGCAUCUGCUGGCAAGAUUCCACCAAAAAGCAUACUAUACCGCUCCAUAUUACAGGUCAUAUUAAAAGAAAAGUUUGGCUUGGAUACUACGGGGAUGCAUGUUGGAAGAAUUGGAGCCAAAUGCAAAUCUUUUCAGGAAUAUAUUAACAAAUCAUUCAAGAAACUUGACUUGUCAUGUGAUCAGAUCACAGAUGAGGAAAUUGAGUCUUUUUAUCAACGAUUUGAAGAACAAGAAUAUCAGAUAAUGGCAUUCCAUCAGCUGAGAGCAUGUAUAGCACCUUGUAUUGAAAGUCUGUUUUUGAUUGACAGACUGUGUUAUCUUCUUGAGCAAGGAGUGGGUAAUGCAAGAAUUGUAGCACUGUUUGACCCAGUCAAAUCUCCAAGAUCGUAUGCAAUUAUGGCAACAAAGGAAGAACAGCAAAUUUUAAAUURAUACUAGUAUUUUUAAAAAUGUAACURAAUUGCAAUGUGAAUGAAUCAAGUUUUAAAGUUUUCAGAUUUUCACAAAAAUGUCAGAGWAUUGWACGAAUUAGAAUAAAAAAGUGAAACAAUGC